UGACAGCUCAGCCGGCCAAUCAGCGGUUUAGAUCAGCUUCCUGCACUUCCGGGAGCCCAGGCUGGAGAUAGCUACAGAGAGGGUGCAGAGUGUGGCCCCCGGGGGCCCCCCAGAUAAAGAUCUGAAUACGGAAGUAGGACAGCAUGUGAUGUCUCCAGCCAGUCAAAAAUGUUCUAGCCCCUCCCAUCUGUUCCCGUGCAAGGAAUCACUGCAAAUAUCCACCACAGCCAAUAAGAGCGAAUGUUCACUCCGAUACGAUUACCGGCAUAGCCAGUAAAUGCUCCUGACAAGCUCAGCCAAUCACCACAGGGCCAGACUCUUCUCAGCCAAUCACCACAGAGCCAAACUCCUCUGAACCAAUCACCACAGAGCCAUACUCUUCUCAGGAAAUCGCCGCAGAGCCAUACUCUUCUCAGCCAAUCACCACAGAGCCAGACUCCUCUCAGCCAAUCACCACAGAGCCAGACUCCUCUCAGCCAAUCACCACAGAGCCAGACUCCUCUCAGCCAAUCACCACAGAGCCAGACUCCUCUCAGCCAAUCACCACAGAGCCAGACUCCUCUCAGCCAAUCACCACAGAGCCAGACUCUUCUCAGCCAGUCACCACAGAGCCAGACUCUUCUCAGCCAAUCAGAUCCCGCUCCUGGUAUAGGUGGAUCUUAGAUCUGCCCUUCUAUUGGCUGUUGGCUCUUUGGUGUCCAAUGUGAGUGUAGAUGCGUCGGUUGCUGUUGCUGCUGGUUUGUCCCGGUGUGUUGGGGCUCCUCCUGCAGCUGUGGCUCUUCUCAACUUCACACCACCCACUGGUGAUUGGUAUACUGUCAGCCCGCCAGCACCGCCCACUUCGGGAUACGAUCCGGAACACUUGGGGAUCCCAGAGGCCCUACAAACCUUUCCUGCGCUUCAUUGUUGGCUCCGAGCCCUGCUCGGUGCCCCCUGAGGAUCGUGAGGACCCCUAUUCCUGCCAUCUGCUAAAUAUUACUUCCCCCACACUUCAUCGUGAGAUCCCAGCCUUUACCGGACCGCUGCCCUCUAGCUCCACCCACAACACACUCAGUGUCACCUUCCGAGUCCUCCACCCUAUAAUCAUCACCCGCUUGGGAGCUUGGUGUCCAGGGUCCUCCCGGAACUUUAUCGUUCGUCUUUUCCAGGCCGAACAUGAGGAGCCGCUGUGCGGAGCCCGGUUCACCCCACUGAGCCCAGGGACACCUUCCCGAGUGGCCCCAAACAGUCUCAGGAAAACCGCCUGGGUCACCCCGACCAACCAAGAGACAACUACUGAAAUCUGUUACAAGCCAGUGGAGCAGUUUAUCCUUCCAGAAGGUUUCCAUGGUACCAUACGGUGGGACAGCCAUGACCCAGAAGGUUUACCCAUAUGGAGCGUUCACCAGGUCACCCUGAACAGCGGCGGUGGGGUCCUGCGUCUUAUCACAGCAGAAGAAGGGCUGCUACCCUAUGACUUCUCACAGGGCGUGGAGGGCAUCGCGGGAGGUUUCAUCUACUCCAUCCAUGAUGGCGAAGCCCUUCUACAGCACCUGCACACCUACCCACAGCGCCUGCAAGAGUACCAGGCCAAGCUUAAGGCAGAGGAGUCCGACCUGCGGGAGGAGAGUGACACCCACAGGGACAUCGUCUUUGUGGACCUGGUGGACACUUACCGGAACGUCCCACGCAAGUUGCUGCUGUUCUAUCGCUGGCUAGUGGGUUCCGUAGACUUUGACUUUCUACUGAAGACGGACGACGAUUGCUUCAUUGACUUGGAUAACGUCUUCCGGGCCCUGGAGGCCAAAGAACUGAAGGGGCCCAAUGCUUGGUGGGGCAACUUCCGCCUGAACUGGGGAGUGGACCGCACCGGCAAAUGGCAGGAGCUGGAGUACCUGAGCCCCGCCUACCCUCCCUUUACCUGCGGUUCCGGGUACGUUUUAUCGCAGGAUAUCGUACGCUGGCUUGCCGACAAUGCCAACCGGCUAAAGACCUACCAGGGGGAAGAUGUGAGUAUGGGCAUCUGGAUGUCUGCCAUUGGCCCCCGGCGCUACCAAGACGAGAACUGGUUGUGUGAGAAGACAUGCGAGGGCGGGAUGCUGUCCUCGCCGCAGUAUUCGCCGCAAGAGUUAUCCGAGCUUUGGCAGCAGAAGGAACGUUGCGGGAGGGCAUGUGGAUGUCCUAACAGAUAACCAAAGAUGAGAUGUGCUUUAUAUCAGGGCAACUCCAUAUCUGGUACCCGGACCCCAGGGGUGGUACCCGACUUACAAGGAGACUAGGGUCAACUCCACCCCUAAGUUAUGUUGAAACUUGAGCUAGCCCACUUUAAGGGGAAAAACAGGGUAAAUAAAAAUAUGGAGAGGAUUUGGGGCCCCAGGGUCAGUCAUACCUGUAUCCGGUACCCAGACCCCAGGGUGGGGGGGGAGUUGACUUCCAAGGGGACAAAGGUCAAUUCCACCACCUAAACCACGUUGAGACUUGAGCAAGCUUACUUAAAGGGGAAAACACGGGUAAAUAAAAAUAUGGAGUGGAUUUGGGUCCCCAGGGUCAGUCAUACCUGUAUCUGGUACCCUGACCCGGGGAGGGGACUUGACGUCCAAGGGGACAGAGGUCAAUUCCACCACCUAAACCAUGUUGAGACUUGAGCAAGCCCACUUAAAGGGGAGGAACAGGAUAAAUUAAGGAAUGGAGAGGAUGUGGGGCCCCGAGGUUGGUUUUACCUUGAAGCUGGACUGUACCCCGGGGGGGAGGGAUGGGGGUACCUGACUUCAAAGGGGGGCAACGAUCAAUGUCACCUCCAAAGAUUUUAACCUGUUCAUACUUGAGCAAGCCCUCUUAAUGGGGGGAAAAACAGGGUACAUCAAAUAUGGAGGGGAUUUGGGGGCCCCCGGGAAGUCUUACCUUAAAGCUGAACUUCAGCUAGAUAAAUAAAAAGAUACAAAUGAAUGCAGCUCUGUAAUCAAUGAUACGUCAAUAAAUUUAUUUUAUAAAUACGAGCAGUGUACAUCAAUGAAAGUAGAAGAGGAAGCACUCACACCGCCACAUCUGUAAGUUUAAGAGGGAACAAAAAAAGGGUAACCCUGGGCCGGACUU